AUGUCUGAGAUUUACGAUUAUAUCGUUGUCGGUGGAGGUCUGACCGGCUGUGCUCUGGCUGGUCGGCUGUCUGAGAAAAACGAGUCGCUACGGAUCCUGAUCAUCGAAGCCGGCCCCAACGUGGUCGACCAUCCUCUAACCAGCACCCCAUUAGCAUGCUUUGGUGCUCAUCACUCGCCGUUGGACUGGGACUACACCACAGUGCCACAGAAACAUCUAAACAAUCGUGAAUGCUAUAACGGUGCAGGCAAGGCGCUGGGAGGAGGCACAGCGAUAAACUACGGGACCUGGACGCGGGGUAAUUCCGCUGACUACAAUCUCUGGUCCAAGCUGGUCGGAGACUCCAGCUGGAGCUAUGAUGGUCUACUCCCUUACUUCAAACGGACUGAGACACACUAUGAUCCGAAUGCCGACCCGGCUAUUCACGGCACCAGCGGCCCUAUUCAUAACACUAUUGUCGCGCUCACCAGCCCCGACCGCAAAUACCCCCUGAAGGAGCCAGUACGCUCUGCAUGGGAACGUAUUGGCGUCAAGUAUAACCCAGAUGCCAACGCUGGAAUGCCCCUGGGACUAGCAGACAUUGGAGAGAAUUGGCGUAAAGGACAGCGUCAACUUGCCAGUGAGGCUUAUGGGCUGUCUAGGCGCCAGGGAAUAUCCAUUAUUACCGAUACGCUGGUUGCGAAGGUGAUUCUCAAGGAGCAAGAUGGCCAGCAGGUCGCGACAGGGGUGAAAGUUGUAAACGGACACGAAUAUCACGCCUCGAAAGAGGUGAUUAUCUCCGCUGGAACAUACCGCACCCCGCAGGUGCUUAUGCUCUCUGGAAUUGGACCAGCAGAAGAGCUGGCGAAACACAAUAUCCCACAGCUUGUAAAUGCGCCAGAAGUGGGUCGCAAUUUCCAUGACCACUUCGGUUUUCUACAGUCGUGGAAACUGCGUCAUCCUGAACAGGGCCUCUCGAUGGGGACUCCUCUCUGGGAGAGCCCGGCAUAUGCGAUGGGAGUGCCCUAUGAUUGGAAUGUGACCUUGCAAACUCCCUCGGACGAGUUGAUGCGGGCAUUGCAGGCAGAUGAUGGACAAGCUCCCGAGGACCAUCCAUAUCUAGAUCCGGAUUUCGCUCACUCCGAGAUUCUGGUGAUCUAUGCGCCGAUAAGUCAAUCCGUAGUUGAAUUUGAGACUCCUAUGGAUGGCACGCAUAUUAGUACGGCUGUUCUUUUAAUGGCUCCUACGGCACGCGGCCAGAUCACCCUGGCUAAUGCUGAUCCGGCAAAUGCCCCUGUAAUUGACCCGAAUUACUAUUCCAAGGAAGUGGACCGAGCGAUUAUGCGGGAUGGAAUUCGAAAGGUGGCCAAGCUUCUUCUAGACACUCCCGAAGGUAAAGGUAUGGUGGAGCACGAGGUGCCCCAACCGGACAAUGGGCUCAUCAAGCCUGAUUCUACCGACGAGGAAAUUGACAGGAACGUCCGGCGUGGAGGAAUUACAUUCUUUCAUCCAGGUGGCUCGGCAUCUAUGGGCAAGGUGGUCGACACUCAACUGCGGGUCAAGGGCGUUAAAGGACUGCGAGUCGCGGAUGCCAGCGUGCUGCCUGUGCCUAUCGUGGCGCAUUACCAGGCUAUUCUGUAUGCAGUAGCUGAGAAAGCGGCGGACCUGAUUUCGAUCUAG